UCCGCGAACUCCCUGAUCAAGAUCCAGGGCAACAGGGCGCCGUCCAUCUCGCUGGAGCUCCUGAGCAGUCGGGUGCAGCUGAAAUCGCAGCUGCCGCCGGCACUUGCGUCCGCGGUCGCUGGCAUAGUUGGCGGCACUGAGCUGGAGAACGAGCUGGAGAGAAUCAUAGAGGCCGACCGAGUCGCGUCGGGCGAGAAUGAUGCGUCGGCUGCAGAGGCUGCCGUGCUCGCCGCAGCUGCGAAGACCGCAGACUCUGCUGGCGGCUACGCGAUGUCCAGUGAUGCAGAUUUGAAAGCUGACUUCGCCCCGUCCCUGACGCCGGCCGAGGUUGACGAUGAGCUCAUGCUGAACAGUAUCAUCGGCAAUUGUGCAGUCGGUGCUGGUGAGAGUGGUGCAGUUGCCGGUGGUGGUCUUGAAGAGCUUGUCGAUUCACCGUACGCGAAGUGGCGUGAACAUUAUGAGUCUAGCGUGGCUGCAGUAGUGUACGCGAGAGAUGAUCAGCUCGCAAUUCUUGGCGAGGGCCGUCACAUGUCACUAGUUGUGAAAGCUGAUGGCAUUGAACCUGUGUCGGUGGAUUGGACCUCGGUCGACACCAUGCGCGGGCGAGUCGUUGAGCAAGAUUUGCAUCGCCGCCCAAAGUAUCACCACGGCAAGGAGGAGUCGUUCGACGAUGCACAUAUCAUAUUGCGGUCGGUGGGCAUUCGACUGGCGAAGGUGGCUGGUCCUGGGCCGACGAAGAUCAUGACGUCAG